UGAUCAUUGCUUCUUUCGACUGCAGGAGCAAUGGCAUGAGUCGGCGCCAUAGGUUGUGUACUGGAAGAGCCAUCCGGACCUGAAAAGCGUGAUUAAUAAUACUGGUUCAUCAUGGCACCCCCUGACGAAGGGGCUUUCAGACAUGAAUCCCAAGCUACACUCAUCAACUCCUUGGCCAUCAUAUUUGCCAGCCUGUCCACUAUAGCCGUUUUCUUACGCCUUUAUACUCGUCUCAGGAUUCUUAACGUAUUUGGGGCAGACGAUGUGAUGAUUGCACUCGCUCAGGUACUUGCAAUCGCAACAUCAGUGACAACAGUCCUAGAGGCUAAAUACGGACUUGGCCGGCAUACGAAGUUCGUACCAGCAGGUGAUGCUUUAAAGCAACUAAAGCUGCUUUAUGCCAACAUCAUGAUCUACAAUGCUUCUCAAAUACUGACGAAAGUAUCAUUCCUGAUUCUAUAUCGCAGACUUUUUCCAUCAGUCCGCAUUCAAAAAGUUUGUUUCUGGCUGAUGAUAUGCAUCGCUUUUUGGGGAAUCACACAAGAAUUCAUUGUUGGAUUUUCUUGCACGCCGCUUACAAGCUUUCUUCCCAGCAUGGAGGGCAAAUGUAUAUACACGCUCCCAGUCUGGUACUUAACAUCAUGCAUGAACAUCGUCACGGAUUUCGUGGUCUUCCUCAUCCCAGUCAUCCCAGUGCUAAAGUUGCACAUGGGAUCGAAACAAAAGGGAAUGCUCCUUGGCCUCUUCUGUCUAGGUUUCUUCACUUGCAUCAUGUCACUAGUUCGUCUAUCAACACUACACAAAGGCAUCAAUACCCAGGACCCUUUCUGGGACAAUGCACCAGCAGCAUACUGGUCAGUCGUCGAACUUAACUGUGGCAUCAUAUGCGCUUGCCUCCCAACACUGCGACCUCUGAUACAAAAAAUCACUCCGCAUUUGCUUUCGACCGGACCAAGAACAGGAACGAACACGAACUUUUCCAACGAGCUCGAUAGGUUCCCCAAGCACGACACACAGACUAAUAAAGACGUUGAGCACGGUAUCUUCGUACAAAAGGAUCUGGAGGUGCACAGUACAACAGAGCUUCGAACUUCCUUGGGGUAUGCACCUUCACUCGACUCUACAAGCAAUAAGACCACUCCAGAGGGACAGCAAGUGCGGCAAGCGAUAUGAGCAUGUUGUAUGCCAUGUUGGCUGUGAAAAGGUUGACUGAGACGGACUAGUACCAUCAUACCCAAUACAAUUAGUCUGGAACCAUGAAGUAAACCCAAGAACCCGUGACCAAUUCGCCCGCAGAUUCAGCCUGCAAGGUUCCUUGGCCUUUUCGUGAUCUGCAUCAGACCUAUGUCUCGCCAACUGUUGUAUGUACACAUUGAAUCAUAGAAUUCGAGCUUGGUGUAUCAGGACCAGAAAACAGGCGAAUGAGACCAAGGUAUACACGCCAUCUAUGCCCCAUCUAAGUAAGCUUUCGGGGACAUAUCUAGAAGCAUCUUGACAGCAACCCUCCAAUGCCCUAUGUCGAUCAUGACUUGUAGUGCUUAAGCCCAGUUCCAGUUGCGGG